UCGACCGUCAGAAUUACCUGCGGGUGCAAACCCACACCGUUACCUAAUGUCACGCACCCUUCACGCUUAAGCCACUCCAAAGGAGAAAUUGCGGCUUGAACUACAGAUGUAUAACUAACCACAUUCAGGGUAUUUUACGCGAGCAUUUACAUCCGAUAUACCAACAACCAGAGUCCAGAGCCUCCCCAUACUUCACUUGGAAUCCCCUCUUCUGCAGUAGAUGCUGCAAGUAGAUGAUCUACUUGCAGCACCCGUGCGAUGAUCCGAGCCAACACCCUUAGACCAAGAAAGUUGCGGCAUUCACCAUACUCGACCGCGCCUCGAGGAGCCAAACAGGUGGGGAUCAGUACGACAAGUGGUGUCGAGCAGCGGUUGGCGUGCUACUUCUAUAAACGGGAUCCAUUGCGAUACCCAGAAUGUCGGAGAUGUCAGUUUCGACCCAAUCGACUCGCUGAUCUCACAAACCACCUCAGGCGGCACCAUCAACAACCAAUAUUCUGUCCCACAUGCGGCGAGGUCUUUGAAGGGGAAAACAUCGACAGGCGUCGGAACGCCCACAUUGUGUCCCGAGAGUGUCAGGGCAGUGGUGACUUCGACUACCCCGGCGUAAGCCGGGACGUGAUGGAUGCACUGAGCAAGGCGAAAGAAAUUGAGGCAGACGGUGCUGCAACUAUCUACGAGAGACGGUGGUACGGGAGGUACCGACUCCUGUUCGGCCCAGAAGCGCCUCUUCCCCUGUCACCUCACUGCGAUGAGUCGGAUAACUCAGGUCUCGAUGAGGCCCAGGUAGUCCUGAACUACAUCCAGUCUUUUGCUGCGGAUGGUUGUUUGUGGCGUCUUGCCCACUCAUUCGAUUUGUCGAACUCAGAUGAGCUUCACAAGCACUUUGUCCGCCUCAUUAGCGAGUUUCAGCAGUGGACGACGCAGAGAAGAGUCACACGACCUAUGGCCACGCUGCCCUUGGCGGUCCUGGAAGCUCCGGCAUCCGAAUCUAACGGCUUUGCCGACUCCUCAUAUGGUCUGGAACUUCAAGCUGAUCGAACUUCUCGUCGGCCCAGCAGCGCAGAAGAGGGCUCACCUUACAAUUCGCUUUUGGGAGCAACGCCUCCCCCAGACGGCUCUCUCGGGGACGAUUCACGUGUUCUUAGUGACAUUCUAUUUGCUCAAGCCGCCAUCCCGUCACCUCUUCAGCACCCCACCGUUCUCGACAUUGGCAAGCAAGGCCCCUUGAUGGGUACUUUUCAGCUUGGAUUAGGCAAUUCCACGCAAGACCGGUCAGACCAGGAACUCGUCCCGCCGGAUGGUAUUGUCGGAUGUUCUCCCUUCCCCAGCACGUGAGACAGACAUUGAAGGUGUGCCUAUGUAUUUGCAGGUCAUGUCACCACGGAGAUACUAUCCAGUCUCACAACUCCGUUGCAGAAUUUACCUAGCAACGACAAUCCCCGUGUUUCCCUUGCUGCACUAUCACACCACUGGCACCAAUGCUUAAGUUC